AUGGCAACAAAAAAGAAAAUAGAGCGCAUCCAUCUCCAACUGCCUCAAUUUCACAGCAUCAAAGCUUUCCUGAAAACGCUCGUUCAAUGUGAGAGAGGCAUGAGCUUAGCAUGUCCUUACAGGCAUGUUUCGUACGCGACAUGGCGUCUUCAGAUCUUCCGACGUCUAUGUAAAUCGAUAGAGCCGGGAUUCUUUCGUGAUACUCCUGCCCUUCCCACUCCCUUUCCCUUUGGCGUCGCCAAAUCGAAGCGCAACCAAAGCACCUUUCGCGCGUUUGACGAGGACAAGAACAAUGUACCGGAGACUAUAAGAGAUGGAAAUGAAUGGGUGUAUGAUGCGCCCGGUAAAAGGUCAAAGCUACGCCCACACAACAAAAGCAACCCUGGAUCAUCCCGAAACCCCUCUUUCAAUCCUUACAGCUCGGACGGCCGAAAUUCAAUAAGAAAUCUGGUGUCUCAGCUCAAACCUGUCAUCGCAAAAGCCCGGAGAAAAGAUGCGGAUACGACAACCAGCGAUGCAGUCUCCAUUGAGUCGACACGUCUCCCUCGAACACCGAUCCUCAAGCGAACGGGUCCCAAGCACAUGGAAGCGAAGAGGAUGCCCACUGAAGCAGAGUUGGAUGCCUUAAGAACCAACAUCUGGGCGCAAAUGUUGGCGGCCCCUCUAAGGGCAUGCCAGGGGAGUUUCGCGAGGUUGCCGUCUCCUUUCAUGAUGGAUCUAGAUUUUGUGGAGGACCCUGAGAAAAAGGCCAUCCAUCUGGCACCGGCGCAACUCGCAGACUUGGACGCACUGGAAGCACGGAUGGCGAGGGAACUAUCCAAAGAGAACUGGCUUCGAACUCGCAAGGAUAAUGACAACGACACGACCAGAGCACAACGACAACAACAACAUCAUGAUGACGACGAAGAAACCAGCGAGUCAUCAAUCCUCCCACAGCCACAACAACAACCACCACCACCACCACCGCCACCGACGACGACAUCGACAACGACGAGCACCCAAAAGGUUAAGCAAAGACCAAAGUCUCGGCUCCUCGCAGACAUCAACCUGGUACGGUUUUUGACGCUCAAACUCAUGGAACGUUCGAAGCGUGUGAAAGGGAAGAUAGUCUCCAAACCCAACGCCUUGGCGAGGCUGGUACCAGCGCCCCUCAAGGAAGCUCUGGAAAAGGCACAGCACUACUCCAUCAACAAACGAAAGAUCGACACCGCCACGGGGGCUCUGGCGAGUGACGAAACCGAACCGCUCCAGAUGGAAUAUCUUUCGCGUCUACAGUGGCAGGUGGACAUGUAUGAGCGGAUUCCCCGAAUGAUGAGGAAACGGAUCCUCGUCGCUCUCAAGGCCCUGGCAGAACAAGCGACCUCUGAAGUGGCUGAUGGAACAGGGAAUACCCCGAAAGCCAUGGCUCUGUCGGUUGUUGCUGUUGAUGAUGAUGAUGCUGCAGUCACCACUUCCUUGACGACGAACCACAUUGACUGUCCUUGUCCCCCACCAGACAGUAUAAUUUUGCACAUUGGAGAGGGAGACACUCGUGCAUUGUCAUCUUCGAUCUCAAUCUCAGAAUCCGAAGCCAAUGAGAAUCAACCACCUUUGCCAUCGAAUUGGCUCGUUCCUCCCAUGAUCAACGUCGUCGUCGACGACGGCAGCACACAUCAACGACGACGACGACUUCCUGUGUUUUCUCUGAGUACAAUGUUCGUUGGCCAUGCAGGUGCGGCUGACCACGACAUCUCUGCCCUCUCCGAAUUGACAUCCCAAUACAAAAAGGUUCUCCUUCGUCAUGACCGCAAUACUUCCACCGAAAAUGAUCGGUCGAAAGACCAUUUCAUCCUCGUCCGUCCUGGCGUAGGUCCACCGAAAGUCUUGAUGGAAGAGGUUUGGCAGUUGUGGCGGUACCUGGGCGGUUCGAACAUGGGACUGGUGCACGACGAGGAGACGGAGCGUUGUUUCGAUCAAGGCAUACUUGUCAAGUAAAUUCAGGGCAGGUUUGGACGGGUUUGGACGGGUUUGGACGGGUUCGUCGAAA